AUGUGCUACGACCGCUUCGUGUCCAUCUGCAAACCCCUGCACUACGAGACCCUCCUGGGCAGCAGAGCUUGUGCCCACAUGGCAGCAGCUGCCUGGGCCAGUGCCUUUCUCUAUGCUCUGCUGCACACAGCCAAUACAUUUUCCCUGCCCCUGUGCCAUGGCAAUGCCCUGGGCCAGUUCUUCUGUGAAAUCCCACAGAUCCUCAAGCUCUCCUGCUCCAAAUCCUACCUCAGGGAACUUGGGCUUCUUGCUGUUAGUAUCUCUGUAGCUUUUGGCUGUUUUGUGUUCAUUGUUUUCUCCUAUGUGCAGAUCAUCAUGGCUGUGCUGAGUAUUCCCUCUGAGCAGGGACGGCACAAAGCCUUUUCCACCUGCCUCCCUCACCUGGCCGUGCUAUCCCUCUUCAUCAUCACCUCAUUUUUUGCCUACCUGAAGCCCCCCUCCAUCUUCUCCCCAUAUAUGGAUCUGUCAGUGUCAGUUCUGUACUCGGUGGUGCCUCCAGCCCUGAACCCCCUCAUCUACAGCCUGAGGAACCAGGAGCUCAGGGUUGCUGUGUCGACACUGUUCACUGGACGAUUUCAGAAACACUAAACUGCUGUCCUAUUUAUGCAAAUCAUUUGUAAUAAAAGUCAUCUUUGAUACAUCUUGUUGGUUUGGUUAUUGGGGGUUUUUUUCUUUGUUUUAUUUUUCAGUGAUGUUCACAAAGCAAGGCCAUUGAUUCUACCAUUUCUUGUGUUGUUGUCCUCCGCAUUUUCUCUGGUUCUAGACUGUGUCAAUGAGGAGCUGAGCUCUUGGUGGUUUUUAAAAGAGCAAAAAGAACUUCCAGCAGAGUUCUCACAAGAGUUCCCCCUUUUGUUACCUUCUCUGUGGCUGCAGCAGCAAUGUCUGUGUGCAGAGCUGGGGCAGAUCAGUGCUGGCACAGCAGCUGUGCCCAGCAGCAGCAGCAGCACUUGGUGUUGCCAGUGCUGCUGCCGUGGCCCUGCCCCGCUGCCCUCCUGGCCCUGCUGUUGCUGUAGGGCCUGAGUGCUCUCGGGGCCGGGCACAGGGCUGGGGGUGGCAGUGCCGGGGCUGCAGCAGGGACAGGCCAUGGGCACUGCUGGGGCAGCGCUGACGCCUCAGGCCAGGGCCUGGGGGCUGCAGGCUCCUUGCCCAGGCUCUCUCCAGAACAUGGCCAGGCCAAGGCUCAGCACAGAAAAGCCCCGUGAGCAGCCCCAGGCUGGCCGUGGGCAGGCUGGGGACAAACAGCAUCACACCAUGGGAACGUCCCUUGGGGAGCAGGAUCAUCCUCCAAGUGCUUCAGGAAUUGUCUGCAGGCUCCUGCAGUGCCUCCUGCUGCUCCCUUGCCAGAGGCACCACAGGCCAGGGGGGCACAUCUGCCCUGCUGUGUCUGCCUGUGGGGCUCCCUGCUCUGGGCAAUGAGGAGGGGCUGCAGAGGCUCUGCAGGACUGACAGGAUGG